AUGGGAACGAGUAAUAAUAUUCUUGUAAGUGGUUUUGCAUUCGAGAUGAUCAUGACAAAACUGAACAUGAUGGAGCAUCAUUUCAUAGAGAAGCACCUCGAAAUUGAUGAGAAAAUCACCAAUCUCAGCUCUAGAAUCGAUGAUCUGGUAAUGCUCGUGAAAUCGGAAAACGAGCAUUUGAAAGGAUGCAACUCGACUAGCAUGGAUCUGAGUGAAUCUAACAUUCGAAUAUAUGCUGCCUGCAGUAAGGUACCGAUACCGGUAUCUGGUGUGUACCUCAUACAACCAGAGGAGCAUAUCACGGAGCCGAUAACUGUGUUUUGUAAUCAAGAGUACGACAACGGCGGUUGGGUUGUGAUACAGAAUCGUUACGAUGGAUCGACGGACUUCUCCCGUACCUGGCAGGAGUACAAGAAUGGCUUCGGAAAUCUUAAAGAAGAGUUCUGGUUGGGGUUAGCGAAAAUCUAUCAGUUAACGGUGUCUAGACCUCACGAGUUGGUGAUACUGUUGAAGAAUUUCAAUGGCGACACGACGUACGCUAAGUACGAUCAUUUCGAAAUCGCAGACGAAAACAAGCACUACGCGAUCAGAAGAAUCAAUGGAUAUUCUGGAACGGCUGGUGACUCUUUGCAAAUGGCUAAAGGAAGGAAGUUUAUUACUUGGGAUACUAAUUAUAGUGAAUUUGACGUAGAGUCUGACCAAGGAUGGUGGAAGAUUCAUUUGAAUGGAUGGUUUGUAUAUUAG